GGCCAAGCAGCAAGAUGAGGAGAAAUUGAAACAUGAGCGGGAGGCCGUCGUCUCAAAAAGAAAAAGGAAAGGGAGGACUUUCAGAAGGAGCUGUGUGAUUCAUGGAAUUCCAGAUUCGAUGCUGUGUGCGGUAUGAUUCGUUUGAACAAGAACACUGGUGCGGAUAACAACGAGUUGGAGAAGCUUAAGGAGCAAGUUGAGCGUCUGCAGAGGGGAGCGAAGUCAGGCGUUGAUAGAAGUGGAGCGUCUUCGAGCCAGGCAGCGGUCAACAAUGAUCGGCUGAUAGCUCGGCUCUUGCAGGAGCAGGAACGUAUGAAAGCUAAGAUGGAGUCGGCAGUAAGUGCUUGCAAGCGGGUCGAGGCUUUGGAAUCCGAAAUACGUGUACUUAAACAGCAGCAAGGUGAGGCGGUCCAGGAGGCGGAGCGAUGGAAACGGGAAGCGCUGAAGUCGGGAAACAAACGCAGUCGCUUUGCUUCAUCACCGUCCUACAGUGCUCAGAAGCCUCCUGUCGCAACACCUCGGAGGUCUCCGAGCAGGGAGAGGCCUGUGGCAGACCCUACCCAGCUGAAGCAGUUGCACAAUCUGGAAGUUGAAGCCCUGAAGGAGCUCAGGUUACAGGAGCUCAAUCGCCGACGGGAAGCUGAGCAGGAGCUUGCGAAACUCAAAGAAGAGCUGGCUCAACGGGAAGCAGAGAAGAAGACCACUCCGCGGUCUAGCUUUUGUGAGAGACUCUAUGAAGCGGAGGGUACGGGAGGUGGUGCAUUGCUGCAAACUGUGCGAGGUAAGAAGAAGGCCGGUAACGUUCAUGAGGUGGAAAUUGUCAGUGAUCGGGAGGCUUUCAUUCGUGACGCUAGGAAAGAGCUUCGCAAUCUAAAGAAAGAUGAUGUCAUGGAAAUCUGCAUGAAGGAAGGGGUUAAAUAUACUACUCUUGUGGAGACUGUUACGGAGAUUAUUUCGAAGAGAGUUGAGCGUGCCUUUGGGAAGAAGGCGUUCUGUGAGGAAAUCUCAGAUGAUGUGGCGGGGGAACCGCUUGCUGAAGGUAAGGACGAUGGGAGGGACUCAGCCAGUUCUUAGGGUCCCUCCCGAGCGCGGCUGAUCUUUGGUCAAUUGCGUCUUUGUGUUCACUUAUUCGCUCCUCUUCUACUCAACUCCUACGUCAAAAAUCUUUAGACUCU